UUAGCGGGGGAAGUAGGUGAAUUUGCGUGAGUGUAUUUCGAAAUAAUUUCCAAGUCUGGCAUGUUACAUUUUGACCCUUUUAGACUUAAGUGCACACUUUGAAAGAACUUUUUUUCGUUUGUAGACCACAUUUUCUGUAUCCCGAAUUGUAUUGAGCUGUGAAAUCACGCGUGAAGGGGUUAUGGCUGAAAGUUCUGAAGAUCAGGAUACCUCUGACAAGUGUGAUACUUCACCGACAUAUUCGUAUGCCGUAUACUUGUAUGAGCCCGAAAGGUUUUUUAUGACCACAGAGGUGAAUGGCAGUGAUGUGGAGAUAAAACAGUAUGGCAGUAAUGAUACUUUGGGGUUUGACCUUGUUACAUCACCACUGAUGCCAGAUCAAGAACAUAAAUUACGACUCUUCCUUGUUCGCCGUCUUCUUAAAGGAGCAAUAUAUAUGGGAACUGGAAACUUCUCAGGAAUGGAUUUUAGUCUUUCAGAAAAUACCGUUGCCCCUUCCCCAGCUGUCUGCUACUACAUUCUGUUGCCAUGUCAGCAUUCUACACCACAGCAAGUCAUGAUUUGCUUAUUGGCAACUGCAGAAACAAAUUUGGAAGUUUUCCGACCAGAGCUGACACAGUUCUGUCAAAUGUUGGUGUCUCACAUUCCAUCUGACAAGGAGAAGCCACUUCCAGUGUCUGCAUCUGCUAGGCUGAUGACAUGGUACAGCAUCUGUCUACAGUACAUUGGUAGAGUGCUGCGAGAAUUAGGUCAAAAUGUCUCAUCAUUGCUGCAACUGGCUCAGCAGAGUGGGCACAUAGUUGGUGGUGCAGGAGUGAACCAGACAUUAGCAGAUGAUACAGAGCGCUUCCUGGAAGCAUGUACAGUGGCAGAGUGCCUGCCAGCAUCGCAAUUGCCAACAGGAGAGGUGGCAACCUUGCAGAAAACAGAUAAGCAAACUCAUGUUGUGGAAGAUGUAGAGUGUAAUGCCUAUUGCACUGAAUGGACCCAUCUGUUGUUGGAUCUUGGCCACAGUGCGGAGCCCUGGAGACUUCGAAGGGUUCUCGAAGCUUUCAAACUUAAGACUAUCAAGGAUAUGAAUAGGCUGAAGAGGUUACUGAAGCAGUCAGAGUCAGAUCAUUACUCACUGUACAGGGCCUAUUCGUUUCUAUGGCAGUCAGGCAAUAGUGACAUUCUACUGAGACAGGCCAAGUUGGAGGGCAGCUCUGCUCCAGACAUUAUUGCUACACUGGAAGAACAUUUCAGUUAUAUCAACACAGAGUGUGCACCCACAGCCAUGUAAAACAGAGCAUCAAACGUAACUCAUUUAAAUGAGGAAGCAAGUGCACCAGCAAAACAACAGAAAAUUUUGAGAAAACUCGAUAACUCAUCCACAAAGACCAUCACUGAACAAUCCAUGAGCUUGCAGACACCGUUGGGAUCAGUUAUGGAGUUUACCAGAUCUUAAAAGAAAAUUUAAACGUGCCCCACAUUGCUGCGAAGUUUGUUCCCUCACUCUUGACAAAUGAU